CGAUGCCAUAGAACAUAAUUCGGCACGGCUGCCAAAAUGUACAAAUAAGACUGGUACUUAGGCACUUGAUCAUUCGCAGUAGAUCCACGCAGUGGUUAAGAUGUACAAAUUGCUCGGUUUGAUUGCCUUGGUAGCCUUGCCAAUCGCUUGGAUCCAGGCAGACUGUAAUGUAUGCCAGUCAAAUGGAGCCUCCUGCAUCAACCAGACCGCCUACAAUUUGUGCUUUGGCGCCACUCAGCCGAAUACUAACCAGACCUUCGUCUGCACGGAUGGCCUGGUGUGCACGGACCAGCCAGUGAUCUGUUUCCAGAGGAGCGAGAAUCCCGCCAGCUGCGGCGACACGGAUAGCUGUGGCCAGUGUGCUCCCAACUACACAUUCGCCUGCACCUCGCGCUCCACAUUCGCCUUCUGCUUUGGCGCCAUAACGCCCACAAAUGUGACGGGCAGCUGCCCGGAUGGUUACUUCUGUGACGCCUCCACCCAGGAGAUCUGCGUCGCCAAGGCCACUGAUGACUCCAUCAUCUGCCACUUAAAUUAG